GGCUGGCGGGCUUGUCGCAGCGCUGCGGGCGGCGGUCGGCGCGGGCACCUGCGUCCCCGCGCGCGGGGGCUGGCGCUGGACGUGACCCACUCCCUCAGGAUGGGAUGUUGACUCCUUCCGCACGUCUGUGAUCAGGCCACCGGGAGCGGGUUUCUGUGGGGAUGCCUGUGACCCGCCAGAAGUCAGACUCCUCGGGGAUGGACUCCGCCGACACGUCCCCCGGCUGCAGGCUCAGGGACGUGAGCAGAGGCGGGAGUUUGGAGAGUCGAAGCAGCAGUUCUCGGUCCAGAAGUCUCACGCUGGACGACGAGAGCCUGAAGCACCUCACCCACGAGGAAAAGGAUGUCAUCCUGUUUUUUGAAGAGACGAUCGAUUCCCUGGAGGAUGACUUCGAGGAGCCCGUCCUGUGCGACGGUGACGACCGCUGCCACUCCUCCCGCUCUCUGGAAGAGAGCACGUCCAGUCCCUCCGAGCCCGAAGACGUCAUCGACUUAGUGCAGCCACCGCCUGCUGCUGGGGAAGCCGAGCGUCUUCCAGACGGGACGCAGGUGCAAGGGGCUGGACCUGCUGGGAAGGAGGCCGUUCCUGACCUUGACUGCGGAAGACCGGACGCUGAGGAGGCGGCUCCGGAGCCAGAUGCCACCGCUCCAGAGGCCCUUGCUCCAACCCCGGCCCCAGCCCUGCCUGGCCCCUCCGCUCCAGCCCAGCCCCGCAGGGAGCUGCUCUCCCCUCCGCCCGCAGAGCACCCGAAAUUGCUCCGCUCCGUUCCCACCCCCCUGGUCAUCGCUCAGAAAAUAUCUGAGAAGUUGGCAGGGAAUGAAGCCCUCUCACCCACGUCCCCCUCGAAGGAGGGCAGGCCCGGGGAGUGGAGGACGCUGGCUUCCCCAGCCCCCCGGAACGGAGACCACGCCCUGUGGCACAGACACACGGCGCCCGCUGCGCCCAAGGCCCACCGCUUCCCCAGCAACAUCAGCGUGACCAACAGCUCCGGGAAGGACUUCAACAAGACCAUCUCCAAGGCGGCCGUCAGCGUGCAGGAGCGGAAGGCCCAGGUCUUGGCCAACAUCAAUGGUGUCUCUUUCCUCACGGCAGGAGACAGGGAAGACCGGUCCCAGAGGAGUGACCUCGCCGAGCAGAGGAGGAGCUUCUCUCCAGGGCAGGUGACGUGUGACCAGGACAAGCCAGGCCUGGCGAAGGAAGCAGGGCAGGCCAGGGAUCGGCAGUCCAGGGCUGUGCAGACAGAGCCGUCCCCGGCGCUGGCCAACGGCUUCCGGACCAUCCACGACGUCCUGAAGAGCGAGCCCAGUCCCUUCGUGCCCAUUGGAAAGACCAUCACCUUCCGUCCCGACCCGGCCCUGCCCGGCAAACUCGCAUGCCAGGGCGCCAGCAGGAGCUGCUAUGAGCCCCGGCCCCCGGACUACGGCCAGGACGCCAGGAGGCGGUCAGGCUCUCUCCCCCGGGCAGGGGGGUUCAGGCCCCAGGGCAUCACCGUGCAGUUCUCUGGCCGGGGCUCCUCGGAGGAGGCCCGCCGCGAGGCCCUCAGGAAGCUGGGGCUGCUCAAGGAGAACUCGUGACGGAGCCGCGCCUCCAGCCAGCCAGGGCCAGCGGGACGGUGAAGGGGGGUGACAUGAGAUAUGUUAGCAUUCGCACAGGGCUGGUCUCAUCCUGCAAAUCCAGGAGCUAUUUGGCCUAAAAUGGAUGUAAAGAGCAGUCGCCUGGGUCCCUCUGCUGUGCCCCGUUGGGGACAGAGCCGAGAGGCACCAGGCUCGGUGGCCACUGGGCUGAGUGAGGGAGGAGAGAGUACUGCCUGGCCCACCCCGACCAGAGAGACCUUCCACAAAGAAAAUCCCGACCCGUAUCUUGUCAUCUUCCUUUUUCCAAGAACUCAAGAGGGAGAAUAACCUUUAAAACUUGGCUGGGUGUGGUGGCUCAUGCCUACCUGUAAUCCUAGCACUCUUGAGAGGCCGAGGCGGGAGGAUCGCUUGAG